CAACGUCAACCGCGUUUAGUGGUUUAGUCGAUGCGCGCAGUUUGUACGUGUAACCGGUAUCGUAUGGUAGUUGGUACGCGGAUAGUCGGGGUACAUCAGGGGUACACCUGUCUUCGUUCGCUUCUCUCCGCGUAGAACAGCGUAGAACAGCGUAGAAAAGAAUCAAGAGCAGAGGAGGAAAGAUUGCAAACGCUAAGCUAAGUGGCUCGUGCAUCGAAAGACAAUCAAAGAGCGAAUAUAUAUCUAUCUUGAGAAGGUGAGCCCGCGAGAUGAGUACUCCGGUGAAGAAGGUACCCAUUCAUCUGCAGAGCGCGCAGAACAGAUUGUUAAUUAAAAAUGGCAAGGUUGUGAACGACGAUGGGAUAAUCGACAGCGAUGUCUACAUCGAGGAUGGCAUCAUCAGGCAAAUGGGACGUAAUCUCAUUAUUCCGGGUGGCACGAGAACCAUCGAUGCUCGUGGAAAAUAUGUAAUGCCCGGUGGCAUAGAUCCGCAUACACAUUUCGAGUUCGAGUUUAUGGGUACCAAGUCGGUAGAUGACUUUUAUCAGGGCACAAAAGCCGCAGUCGCUGGCGGUACCACGAUGAUCAUUGAUUUUGUAGUGCCGCGAAAAGACGAGAGCAUCGUAGAGGCUUAUGAGAGAUAUAGGCAAUCGGCGGACCAAAAAGUAUGCUGCGAUUAUGCGUUGCACGUCGCCGUAACAUCUUGGAGUCCGAAGGUCAAAGAGGACAUGACGACUCUGGUGAAAGAGCACGGCGUCGGUAGCUUCAAAAUGUUUAUGGCGUACCAAGAUAUGUUUAUGCUCAGAGAUCCGGAGCUGAUCGAAACUUUCAAGGCAUGCAAGGAGAUCGGCGCCAUUGCUAUGGUGCAUGCGGAGAACGGCGACCUUAUCGCGGAGAAUGCGAAGAAAUUACUAGCCGCAGGAGUAACUGGCCCAGAAGGCCACGAGAUGUCACGCCCCGAAGAGGUUGAAGCGGAGGCUGUGAAUAGAGCAUGCGUUAUCGCGAAUCAGGUCAAUUGUCCGCUGUACAUAGUGCAUGUGAUGAGUCGUAGUGCCGCCGAACAAGUGGAGGCCGCGCGUAAGCGUGGCGUUUGUGUCUUUGGUGAAACCUUGGCAGCCGCAAUUGGCACGGAUGGUACCAACUACUUACACAAGUGCUGGAGACAUGCCGCCGGCCACGUUAUAAGUCCACCACUCAGACCGGAUACGGAUACGCCACGAGUACUUGUGAACAUGUUAGCUAAAGAUAAUCUUCAAGUUACCGGCAGCGACAAUUGCACGUUCAAUGCCGAGCAAAAGGCUCUAGGCAAAGACGAUUUUACGAAGAUUCCCAAUGGCGUGAAUGGUGUAGAGGACAGAAUGACAGUGCUCUGGGAGAAGGGUGUGCACGCUGGAAUAAUGGACCCUAUGCGAUUCGUUGCAGUUACCAGCACAAAUGCUGCCAAAAUUUUCAAUUUAUAUCCUCGAAAGGGUGUUAUAGCCGUCGGCUCAGACGCUGACAUUGUCGUCUGGGAUCCCAACAGGAAACGUACCAUUUCCGCCCAGACCCACGUCCAAGCUGUUGACUUCAACAUCUUCGAGGGUAUGGAAGUAACUGGAGUACCUGAAUAUGUGAUUGUCAACGGACGAGUAUGCGUAGACGAGUGUGAGCUCAAAGCUGUUCAUGGCUUCGGAAAAUACAUAAACGCGGAUCCAUUCGGGACCUAUGUGUACGAUAUGAUAAAUGACAAAGAAAAGAAACCACGUGGAGUCGCACGAACCGAAGCAGAGGCAAAGAGAUAUGCCGAAGAAGACGUCGCGAUUGCAAAGGCUAAGGAACAAGCGAAAGCGGCAGCUGCGGCAGCGGCACGAGUCAAUCAGAACGGUUCAAUUCACGACAGUCCAAAGAUAAAAUUGCCAGCAGCCAUUUGUGUACCCACUUUACCGGAAUCCGCCGUGGUAACACCAUCCACGAAGGGUCCAAGACUCGAAGGACAAAGAAACCUACAAGAUUCUACUUUCUCUAUCAGCGAGGAUGUCGAAGAAGCACGAAGGGCAUGCAUUCGCGUAAAUAAUCCACCGGGCGGGCGCAGUGCGGGAGGUUUUUGGUAAUUUUUACAAAAAGAAAGAGUAUCAAGCUUUACGUGUAAGGAUCACUUAAUGCGAAAACAUGAAUGGGAUUUCACUUCUAUGCUUUCCUUUGUCUCUCUCAUACUCCUUUUACCCGUCAUAAUACCAACAUACACAUUUUCGUUUCGAAGUAUCAAUACACUCUUAGGUUUGCUACUCAUUAAUAUCACACAAAAUCAUUUUUACAUUGUAUUCCUAUCGAUCAAGGUCUGUUCCAUCGAAGGAGGAUACGGAAACCACUGGCCAAUAGGUUGUACGUUCAUAUAUUCAUAUUAAUCGUUCUACUUUCGCUUCAUUAUCGCUUCAUCGCUGCAUUAUAUUAUUAGCUUGCUUGAAUCAUUGUUCAUGGUUCAUUUUCCGAUUUCUACAUUAAAAAAUUAUUUUCUUUGAUUUUUGACAACGUUAUGUUA